AUGAAACAUAAAGUCCUACGGAGGUGUCUCGACAUCAAUAUCGUAUUGCCAGCCCGGAGGACGGACUUCGCCUUGACCAGCGUUGCACACCUUCGAGGUCAGCGGAAUCUGUCGUCGAGCAGCACUGCUUCGCGGGCCAUCUCCAGAAACAACAUCAAUAGGCAGCACCAGCAUCGCCAUGCCUCGUCAGCAAGCAAGGCUUCUCCCACCUCCACCAGCACGCCUCGACCGCUGGACGGAAUCACCGUGGUCAGCAUUGAACAGGCUAUAGCGGCACCGUUCUGCACCCGGCAGCUGGCGGACCAGGGAGCUCGAGUAAUCAAGAUCGAGCGGCCGGGCGUAGGGGAUUUCGCGCGGGACUACGACACGCGAGUGAACGGCCUGGCAUCUCAUUUUGUGUGGACGAACCGGUCCAAGGAGAGUCUGGCAUUGGAUCUCAAAGCACCUCGAGACCUUGAAAUAUUGAAGAAACUGCUGGGUCGUGCCGAUGUGCUGGUGCAGAACCUUGCUCCCGGAGCGACGGCGCGCAUGGGUUUGUCGUAUAAUCAGCUCAAGGACAUUCAUCCGUCCCUGAUCGUGUGUGACAUAUCGGGCUAUGGGCAGGACGGACCUUACAGCAAGAAGAAGGCGUACGACCUGUUGGUUCAAGCGGAGGGCGGCAUGCUUUCAGUGACGGGGACCAAGACGGAACCGGCCAAAGUGGGCAUCUCAAUCGCAGACAUCUCGGCGGGAAUGUACGCCUACAGCAACAUUCUGGCGGCGUUGAUUCUGCGCCAGAAGACCGGUAAGGGCAGCUGGCUCGACAUCUCGUUGCUCGAGAGCAUGGUCGAAUGGAUGGGAUUUCCUCUCUACUACACUUACAACGGCGCCCCCGGCCCUACGCCCACGGGCGCCUCGCAUGCCGCCAUAUACCCCUAUGGCCCAUUCGAGACGGGCGACGGUGGCUCCGUCAUGCUGGGCAUCCAGAACGAGCGCGAGUGGGCCAAGUUCUGCGACAUUGUGCUCGAAGACUCAACCCUGGCCCUGGACCCGCGGUUUGCCAAUAACUCGCUGCGCGUCCAGAACCGUGACGAGCUCCGCGAUAUCAUCCACCGCGCUCUCCGCAAGUAUUCGGUCGCCCAGGCCGUCGAGAAGCUCGAGGAGGCUUCCAUCGCCAAUGCCGCCGUCAACACCAUGCAGGGUGUUUGGGAACAUCCUCAGCUUAGAGCCCGGCAUCGCUGGACCCAGGUCGAGACGCCCAAGGGCAUUGUGCCCGCUUUGCUUCCCCCUGGCUUUGCACCGGUCAAAGAGGGCGUCGAUGGAUUGCGACCGAGAAUGGACAAGAUCCCUGAGGUGGGAGAGCACAACAAGAAGAUCCUGAAGGAGCUGGGCAUUGAAGAGUAG